UGUGAUAUGAUCGAGAGGCGGCCCGGGAAAAGCUACCACUACUUUAUUGGAACAUCCAACCAGAUGUGCAGAUCAUGCAGCAUCUUCAUCUUUAUAUAAGGCUGCCCCUGGCUGCACUCCUUUAUUUCUCAGUCACUGAUCAAACCAAACCUCUCAGGAGAAGCUAGCCGGCCGGGCGCGCAGCGGCUAGAUCAUCUUCUGAUCAGCAGUGAUCUUACACGUACGCACCAUGGAUGCAAGCAAGAAGGCGUAUGUGGUUGCCGUCAUCAUACAGCUGAUCUACACCGGCAUGUACGUCGUCUCCAAGGCGGCAUUCAACCAAGGGAUGAACACCUACGUGUUCAUCUUCUACCGCCAGGCAGCUGCCACUGUUCUAUUGCUGCCUCUUGCCAUUGUUCUCGAAAGGAGGAACGCACCACCCAUGUCAUUUUGGUUGUUUCUGAAGCUAUUCGUGUAUGCUUUACUUGGAAGUACAGUGAGUAUGAAUCUAUACAACAUAAGCCUCAAGUACACCUCAGCAACAGUGGCAUCGGCAACAAGCAACUCUGUUCCAGUGGUGACCUUCCUUCUGGCAGUCCUGUUAAGGUUGGAAGUGGUAAGGUUGAGAAGCCCAUCAGGGAUGGCCAAGGCUGUCGGCGUGGCGUUGUGUCUGGCCGGGGUCUUGACCAUCGCCUUGUACACGGGGCCAUCGAUGAGCCCAGUAAAUCACCACCGUGCCUUUACCGGCAGCGAGCAUCAUGAGACUAGCAAUAGCAGCAGCAAAGGGACAUGGAUCAAAGGAACGUUCCUGAUGCUCCUCUCCAACGCAACCUGGUCCCUCUGGAUCGUCCUGCAGGCUUCGUUGCUCAAGGAGUACCCGAACAAGCUGCUGGCGACUCUGGUGCAGUGCCUGCUGAGCACCAUCCAGUCCUUCCUGCUCGCCGUCGCCGUCGAGAGGGACCUCGCCGCGUGGAAGCUGCAGCUCGACAUCGGCCUUCUUGCGGUCGCAUACUCCGGCUUCGUUGUGACGGGGGUGUCGUUCUACCUUCAGGCGUGGUGCAUUGAGAAGAGAGGCCCCGUGUUCCUCGCCAUGUCCAACCCGCUGGGCCUCCUCCUCACCAUCUUCUGCUCCUCCUUCUUCCUCGGCGAGAUCGUCCACCUCGGCAGCCUCCUCGGCGGAGCACUCCUCGUCGGAGGACUCUACAGCGUCCUCUGGGGCAAAAGCAAGGACCAUCCUCACCCUGAUAAGGAGGCACUGAAACACCAGGCCAGCAGUGGCAACAACGACGACGACGAGAAGCAGCAGCAGCAGCAGCAAGAGGAUAAGAAACUCAAGGACUUGUUUACAAUGGAAAUGGAGGCAUCACCACUACAUCAUCAAGUCUGAUUGAUUCAUCAUCAAGCCUGCAGUACCUGCUAUAUAGUAUAUGUUAUGUACACCGAUCUAUCGGGCAAUAUAUAUAUGUGAUUCUAUCGAGCCACAA